UUUCCCUUUAUUCAUCAAGUUUCCUCUAACUGUUAAGUCACUCUGAUCUCUGAGUUCCAGGCUCUUACAGUUGGACACACCUUGCCAGUGCCUCAGAAAGAUUCCAUGAUUGUCUUAAUGGAAAAUAUUGGGAAUGAGACUGAUUGGUGGGAGUGGAUGGACGAGUUUGCAAAUUUCACUGGCACACCACCCACAGAAGAAUAUAGUCCCUGUAGGAUAGAGAUUGAAACACUCAACAAAUAUGCCGUACUGGUCAUCUAUGCCCUGGUCUUCAUGCUGAGCCUGCUGGGAAACUCCCUGGUGAUACUGGUUGUCUUAUACAGUCAGGUCAGCCGAUCUGUCACUGAUGUCUAUCUGCUGAACCUGGCCAUAGCUGACUUGCUCUUCGCCCUGACCUUACCUAUCUGGGCUGCCUCCAAGGCAAAGGGCUGGAUCUUUGGCACAGCCCUUUGCAAGGUGGUCUCUUUUCUGAAGGAAGUCAAUUUCUACAGUGGUAUUUUACUACUGGCCUGCAUCAGUGUGGACCGCUACCUGGCCAUUGUCCAUGCCACACGCACGCUGACUCGGAAGCGGCACUGGGUCAAGUUCAUAUGCUUAGGCAUCUGGGCCCUGUCCUUGCUCUUGGGCCUGCCCAUCUUCAUAUUCCGUGAGGCCAUCGAGCCCCCCUAUUCCAGCCCAGUCUGCUAUGAGGACAUGGGUGCCAAUACUACAAAAUGGAGGAUGGUGAUGCGGGUCCUGCCCCAGACCUUUGGCUUCUUCCUGCCUUUCAUGGUCAUGCUAUUUUGCUAUGGACUCACCCUGCGCACGCUGUUUGAGGCCCACAUGGGGCAGAAACACCGGGCCAUGAGGGUCAUCUUUGCUGUCGUGCUCAUCUUCCUGCUCUGCUGGCUGCCCUACAACCUGGUCCUGAUCGCAGACACCCUCAUGAGGCUCCGGGCGAUCAAAGAGACCUGUGAGCGCCGCAAUGACAUUGGCCGGGCCCUGGAUGCCACCGAGAUUCUGGGCUUCUUCCACAGCUGCCUCAAUCCCAUCAUCUACGCCUUCAUUGGCCAGAAGUUUCGCCAUGGCCUCAUCAAGAUCAUGGCCAUCCAUGGCCUCAUCAGCAAGGAGCACUUGUCCAAGGACAGCAGGCCUUCCUUUGUUGGCUCUUCUUCAGGGAACACUUCUACUACCUUCUAGGCCCCUGCCCCUGUUGCAGCCCCUCGGGGCUCCUCCCUUGCCAUCAGCACCCCAUUCUAAGCCUCACGCCCACUGGCUGUCCACAGUCUCUAUGUCAAGGCAGCCCCCGUUGUGGUUACAGGAAGUUACUGGGGUCACGUCCUUAUCAGGCCCUCCUGAUAUGUAUGGUUGAGAAAGCCUGCCCUGCUGCCCCUCCCCUUACUGUAGUUGCUAUGUCAGCUGCUAGAGCUCAGUCCAUCCUACCACUGAGCCCAUAGCACCCUGUCCCCUGAGACACUUAAAGACAUUUAACAGACAUUCUUUUAAGUGACUACAGAAAGUUCCCACCAUUGGGAGCCAUUAGUGGCAAACAGCAUUGGUUGCUGCCCCAACUCCCUCUUUCUCGCCUGUCAGCAAAGUCCACUUCCCUUGAGAGAGGCCAGAAAGGACAGGUACUCCUUUCUAAGACUCCUUUUUGCUAGGAGUGGCCUUAUCAUUCACUUCUGACUAAUAAGAUUUAAGGGCAUUAGUGUGCUGGUGAACCACUCUCCUGGGGAAAAAAAAGUCCUGAUUUGUAGCAUUUGCCAAGUUUCCUGGUGUAAAUGCUCCCACCGUGGCGAUGUCAGGGGUGGUGGUGUUUAGUAACCAGCUCACAAAAAUCUAGGAAAUGUAAUGAUCUGCUUUCACAAGCAGGUACAAACUGGCUUCAGUGCACCAUUGCUUAAGAGGAAGUCUGCUGGGACUGGAGGGCUCCUGGGAAGUACUCCUGAUUGAACAAAGAGAGGGGCACCUGGGCCACCUGAGUUAA